AUGACUUCUUUCCCCAAAUACACCUCUGAACCAAUCGCCAUCGUAGGCAGCAGCUGCAGGUUUCCAGGCGGCGCCAGCUCCCCUUCAAAGCUAUGGAAGCUGCUGGAAGAGCCGUACGACGUUCUUAACACCAUCCCGUCCGAACGCUUCAAUCCGGACGGUUUCUACCACACCAACGGAGAAUACCACGGAAGCAGCAACGUCAGACAGUCGUACCUGCUGGAGGAGGAUAUCCGCGUUUUCGACCAUGCUUUCUUCAGUAUAAACCCAAAGGAAGCUGAGGCCAUGGAUCCACAACAACGACUGCUCCUGGAGACUGUAUACGAGGGGAUUGAGUCUGCUGGUUACUCAAUUCAAGAGCUCCAGGGAUCCCAGACUGCAGUAUACGUUGGCCAAAUGACUGGCGACUACUAUGACGUCCUCCUACGCGAUAUAGAUAGUGCGCCUCAAUACCUCGCCACUGGAACUGCUCGGAGCAUCAUGUCUAAUCGGGUGUCGUAUUUUUUCGACUGGAAAGGUCCCUCUGUCACUAUUGACACAGCAUGCUCAUCCAGUCUCGUCGCGUUGCACCAAGCUGUACAGGCGCUCCGACAUGGCGAAUGCGGGCCAUCUGGCACGGCGGUAGCGGCUGGAGUCAACCUGAUCCUUGGCCCGGAGUUAUACAUUUUCGAGUCGAAGCUGCAUAUGCUCUCGCCCACAGGCCGAUCGCGUAUGUGGGACGCUGGAGCGGACGGCUAUGCCCGCGGCGAGGGGUUUGCCUGCGUCGUCCUGAAGACCUUGAAACAGGCCAUCGCCGAUAAUGACAGCAUUGAAUGCGUCAUUCGCGAGACCGGUGUUAACCAGGAUGGCCGCACCACUGGUAUUACUAUGCCAAGCGUAGCCUCACAGGCUUCGCUCAUCAAGGCUACAUACGCUAGAGCCGGGCUGGACUGCCUCAAAAAAGAGGAUCGAUGUCAAUACUUCGAAGCCCAUGGAACAGGCACCCUGGCGGGCGACCCGGUUGAGGCCGAAGCUGUUCGUAAUGUCUUCUUCCCUCAGAAUAAGGUCGCACAUCACAACAGCGAUGAUCAACUGUUUGUCGGCUCGGUCAAGACUGUCAUCGGGCACUUAGAGGGCACUGCAGGACUGGCAGGAGUUUUGAAAGCUUCAUUAGCUCUACAAAACAGCAUGAUCCCCCCUAACAUGCACUUCAACCGGCUCAACCCGGCAAUUGAACCUUUGUACACCCACCUCAGGGUACCGACCGAAUUGCAGAAAUGGCCAGACUUGCCCAAAGGGACUCCGAGACGCGCCAGCGUCAACAGUUUCGGAUUUGGCGGUACCAACGCCCACGCUAUCCUCGAGAGCUGGGAGCCACAGCCAAAUCCAGGAGAAGACUGGGUGGAUGAAUGUCAACAUAGCGAAAGAAGUGCUCCUUGUGGGCCCAUAACGCUAUCUGCCAACUCCGAAACAGCUCUUAUAUCCGCGGUAGCCUCGCUCUCUGAUAAGCUCAAGAUGAACGAGGAAAUGAAUCUAAGCGACUUAGCUUGGACACUCCAAACUCGCCGGACGCAGUUUCAGAUUCGGGUGAGCUUCUCUGCAUGCGAUCGCUACCAGCUCAUGACGAAACUGGAUGCAGCUGUUGAAAAAGCCGUAACAAACGGUACAAACUUGGGCACCCGCGCAAUCCAAACGACUGAACAGUUUCCGCCGCGCAUUUUGGCAGUUUUCACCGGACAAGGCGCCCAGUGGCCAGCCAUGGGUGCGGAGCUGCACGCCAAAUCCAUUUUGUUCAGGAGGACGAUCUGCGAUCUCGAAGCGUCGCUGAGAAGUCUGCCAGAUGCCCCGACAUGGUCUUUGGAGGCAGAACUAUUGGCACCCCCAGACAAAACCCGCAUCCAUGAUGCCGCCAUCUCACAGCCGAUGUGCACUGCUCUCCAGGUUGCCCUUGUCAAUCUCAUUCAGGCUGCUGGUGUUACGUUUAGUGCUGUCGUAGGGCACUCAUCUGGCGAGAUUGCGGCAGCCUAUGCAGCGGGCUAUAUAAAUGCGUCCGAUGCCGUCCGCAUCGCUUACUACCGCGGACUGCAUGCACACCUCGCUCAGGGUCCACAGGGACAGAAUGGAAAGAUGGUUGCGGUUGGAAUGAGCAUUGAAGAAGCAACAUCUUUCUGCCAGCGGGACCAGUUCCUUGGUAGACUGUCCGUGGCUGCAAGCAAUGCCAAUUCCAGUGCAACUCUUUCUGGUGACAGCGAUGCUGUCGAUGAAGCCAAAGAGUUGCUCGACGAGGAAAAGACGUUUGCCCGUGUGCUCAAAGUCGACACAGCGUAUCAUUCGCACCACAUGCAGCCGUGUGUGGGGCCAUACAUGAGCUCACUCCGCCAAUGUGGUAUCCAGGUACAGCCUGGACCUUACCGGUGCAAGUGGUACUCGAGCGUUUAUGGCCGAACCACCGAUGAUCCCGACUCGUUUAGGGACAAGUACUGGAUCGAAAAUAUGGCACAACCGGUUCUCUUCUCGCAAGCUAUAUACAGAGCAGUGACAGAAGAUGACUGCCACGAUAUUGCCCUCGAAAUUGGGCCGCAUCCCGCCUUGAAAGGACCGGCAACGGAGAGCCUCAAAACCUUGACAGGGGUGGACAUUCCAUACGAAGGCGUUAUGAAGCGCGGCGAGCCUGAUUUCAGUGCUUUCUCAGACGGACUUGGCUUCGUCUGGAGGAACUUCCUCUCACCACACCCGGUUAUCGAUUUUGCCGAGUUCCGGAAAUCUUGUCUUGGAGAAAGCUACGGGAACGGAUCCGUGCUCAAAGACCUACCACCCUACAGCUGGGAUCAUGAUAAGGAGCUAUGGAAGGAAUCACGCCUAUCCAGAAUUUUCCGCAUGCGUCAACGUCCGGUUCACGAGCUUCUUGGGACGGCGACAUCGAACGGAAACAACCGGGAGAUGCGCUGGCGCAAUGUCAUGAAAAUUAACGAAAUGGAAUGGCUCCGCGGCCAUCAGUUCCAAGGCCAAGUGCUCUUUCCUGCCGCUGGCUAUGUUUCGAUGGCUUUUGAGGCAUCGAUGUUUUUGGCAGCAGACCAGUCUGUCAAGCUUGUCGAACUUCAGGACCUCGUCAUUCACCACGCGAUCACGAUUGACGAAGACUCUGCCGGCGCCGAGGUAACAUUUGUCAUCCGUGUUACGGACCAGACAUCCAGUCAGAUCUUGGCCGAAUACGCGUGCUACAGUGGCGGGGUUGACAGUAAAUCUCAGGACUUCGAGAAUAUGAACUUCACUGGCCGCGUCGUAAUCACAAUGGGGGAACCUGCUGAGGAAACGUUGCCGGAAAGGCCAACAGAGACAUUGCCUAUGACGCCUAUCGACCUUACGAGGCUCUACGAGUCGCUUACUGGCAUUGGAUUACAAUACUCAGGCGCAUUCGUAGCGAAUACUAUUGAGAGGAGACUGGGCGCAGCCACUGUCGGCUUGAAACCCUCGCCGCCCUCAACUCUAGGGAUCCAUCCGGCGACGCUCGACACAACAUUCCAUGGUCUUUUUGCGGCUUUUUCCGCGCCGGGCGAUGGCAGGCUCUGGACACAUUACCUUCCUACCAGUAUUCGCCGUGUACGCAUCAACACAGCCUACACCAACGAGCACGUCGACCUGGUAGCUGAUUGCCAUCUACGGGAAGCGUCGGCUAAGACAAUCUCCGGGGACUUAGGCAUUUUCAACGCAGCGAACGGCCAUGGAGCGAUCCAGGUGCAUGAAAUUGUUUGUUCCUCCUUCACCGUGCCAAGCAAGCAAGACGAUCGGAAGCUCUUCGCACACAAUGUGUGGAAGCAAGACCUCUCAGAUGGUUUUGAAUCACGCUCCGAUACUGCAGGUCAUGACACGUCCGCUGACCUUGAGCUAAUCGACAUAUGCGAGCGCGCCUCUUACUUUUACCUCCGUCGUCUGCGGGAAGAGGUUCGACUGGAGGAGGUGGAAACGAUGGCAUGGCACUUCAAGUGCCUAAUGGACUGGGCAUUUAAGCAUCUACUCCCGAAAGUAGAAACCGGCCGCCAUCCACGUGUGAAACCAGAGUGGGCGAGUGAUACGAGAGACAUGGUGCUCGCCUGGAAAAAGCAGUACCCCGGCCAGAUCGACCUCGAGAUUGUCGUUGCCGUCGGAGAGGUCUUGCCUGCUGUAGUCCGAGGGAAACUGCCUAUUUUGCAGGUCAUGAUGGAGAACGACAUGCUCAAUCGACUGUACAAGUAUGGCCAGGGAUUUAACUACGCCAAUGUCCACCUCGAAACAGCCGCAGCCCAGCUCUCGCACCGCUACCCCCGUAUGAACGUCCUUGAGAUUGGGGCUGGGACAGGAGGCGCUACUGUCAACGUCCUAAAGGGUCUCGCCGGCCAAUUUCUCUCAUAUACGUACACAGACAUCUCGCCCGGAUUCUUUGAGAAGGCUCAACUUCUUUUCGAGGAGCAUUCUGAAAAGAUAAAAUACAAAACGCUCGACAUCGAGCGUGACCCUCUCGAGCAAGGCUACAAGGAGCAUUUCUUCGACGUCAUUGUUGCGUCCAACGUACUUCAUGCAACAAAAGUUUUGUCUAACACUCUGGCAAAUUGCAGAAAGCUGCUCAAACCCGGCGGGUACCUGAUGUUGCUGGAAAUUACCAGCGACACGCUGCUUCCCCAGUUUAUCAUGUCUGGUUUGCCGGGUUGGUGGCUUGGCCGCGACGAUGGCCGCAAGUACCAUCCCACCAUCAGCGAAGCCCAGUGGAAUUCUGUGCUGCUCAAUACCGGGUUUUCCGGCGUGGACACGGUCCGCAGGGAUCUAGAUGAGCCAGACAAGUACCUUUGCUCUGUCAUGUUAAGCCAGGCGGUGGAUGACAGAGUGACCACGCUGCGAAAUCCGCUAUCUUGUGUCGACAAGGUACCGCACAUCUCACAUCUCCUGAUCGUUGGUGGCACUACCCUGGCCGUGGCAAAAGCCGUACAAAGCAUCCGGGGCUUGCUUCAUACAUUUACAGCGACAGUAACGCUUGUGAACAGCCUGGAAGACGUCACCGCCGAUCUCAUCAUCCCCGGCUCCGCCGUCAUCUGUCUUUCCGACCUAGAAGAGCCUACUUUCAAAGACCUCACCCAUAACCGUUUUGCUGGCAUGCAGAUGCUGUUUCACCAUGCCAAGUACAUCCUCUGGGCCCUCGCCUUGUCUCCCACAAGCAGUUCUCUCCUGAGCGUACCUGAAGAGCACGUAUAUGUCUGCUCAGAAGGAUUUGACGAAGAAAAAGGGUUAAGCGACGUUCUGGGAAUCCUUCUCGCGGAAAGUCUGGUGACAGCCGUACGAGGGCGGCUUUGGGUGCACGAGGCAGACGAACGACUGGCUCAACUGAUCUCACAAGCUGCCAAGGAUAACGAUGUUGGAGUAUUUCUGAGCACUUCAACCGCAAAGUCCGACCCCAAAAGAUUCUACAUCCAUCCCUGCAUUAUGGGGCGCGAUCUCGAAUCCGUUCUGCCGGCAGGCAUCCAGACAUUUGUGAACUUGGAUGUCCACAGCAUCGAUAACCUCCCCUCGAGCCACUUACUCGAGCCUACGAAGAUUUUUACUACAAGGAACGGUGAUAUCAAAACCUUUGUCACUCUCCAAUUUAGCAAGCAACGAAUGCACGAGCUCCUGCAGAAGCACCGGUUGAUAUCUGAAAACCCAGCACACUCGCCUGGAGCCGGCACAAUCAGUGUCACCGAAGUUUUCAAGCUUAAAAAGGAGCAACAACUGCCCACCAGUGUGGUUGAUUGGGCAACUACUUCAGAGGUCAUGUUGCCAAUAAGUCCAAUCAACGCCAACAGCCUGUUUUCCGGCGAUAAAACUUAUUUCUUAGUUGGCUUGACUGGAGAGGUCGGGCAAUCGCUAUGCAACUGGAUGGCAGACCAUGGUGCACGACAUCUCGUCAUCACAAGCCGAAAUCCGAAAGUGGACGGAACGUUCCUUCGGCUUAUGCAGCGGAAAUGCGUCAACCUGAAGAUCUUCUCACUCGACAUUGCUGACAAAAAGGCAUUAGUCGAGAUCUACAAAAGAAUCUGCGCGACCAUGCCACCUAUCGCUGGUGUUGCUAAUGCGGCAAUGGUCCUUCGCGAUAGAUCUUUUGACAACCUUACGCUGGAGGACUUCAACGUUGUCCUUAAGCCCAAGGUUGACGGGAGCAAGAACCUUGAUGAAAUAUUUCACUCGUCUAAGCUUGAUUUCUUUGUCCUUUUCUCGUCUUUGGCAUGCGUCAUAGGCAAUCGCGGCCAGAGCAACUACGGGGCUGCGAACAUGUUCAUGACAAGCCUGGCUUGCCAAAGGAGAAAGCGCGGUGUCCCAGCGUCAAUUAUCGACAUCGGAAUGCUGUUGGGCGUGGGCUACGUCGCGCGGUCUGGCGAUCAGUACGAGGCGCAGCUCAGGAAGUAUAACUACAUGUCCAUCUCGGAGCCGGAAUUCCACAGCAUGUUUGCCGAGGCCAUUGUCGCAGGACUGCCAGACUCUGGCCAGCAUCCCGAGCUUAUCACCGGCUUGGAACGAACGAACCUAUCAGGCGAGAACUCAAGGACACCUUGGCAUCGGAACCCUCGUUUUUCUCACUACAUUUACGAAGAGCAUGACAUGGUGGAGAGCAAGAAGCACGGUCAGCCUUCACAGAGUGUACAACUCCAGCUUCGGACUGCUACAAACAAUCAGGAAGCGCUCGCCACCUUAGAAACUUGCUUUUCUAAGAAGCUUGAGCUGGUCUUGCAGGUUCCAUCAGAGAAAAUAGACAAGACAGUACCCCUGAUGAAACUUGGGAUUGACUCAUUGGUUGCGGUCGAGAUCCGCUCUUGGUUUCUCAAGGAGCUUACUGUCGAUAUGCCGGUCCUCAAGAUGCUUAGCGGCGCCUCGUUGACUGAUAUAUGCAAGGACGCCUUGGCAAGACUGCCAGAAUCUCUCAAGCCAACCAAGCCUGAUGAUGGCGAACCUGAAUCUACAAAUUCGAGCCGCGCGUUGUCCAAAAAGGAUGCAGCACAGCCGUCCCAGCAGGUGCCAGUUCCGGAAGUUGUUACCCCAGGAAACACAGAGACCGAGGUAGCUUCCCUUGAAGGCUCAGUCGUGGAAUUUGACGGCAUUUUGUCGACUGACACGGUCAGGACAAGUUCUGAGUCUUCUUACGACAACGUUACCGUCGAGCAAGCGUAUCAACGGGUCGGCGAGAUGUCUUAUGCACAGUCUCGGCUUUACUUCUUGCAUGUAUACCUUCAGGACAAGUCCACGUACAACGUCACGUUCUCCGGAAAAGUCAAAGGACCUCUGGAUAUCCAUCAGCUCAGAGGAGCACUGCGAGCAGUGGCUGAUGUGCACGAGAGCCUCCGGAGCUCGUUUUUCGUCGACCGACUCACCGGCAAGCCUAUACAAGCUGUCAAUCAGGAGUCUGACAUUGAAGUGGAACACAAGGAGGUGAGAAGCGAGUCAGACAUUGACAUCGAGCUUGACACGCUGAAGCAUAUCGAAUUCGACAUUGAGCACGGCCGAACAAUGAAAGUAGUCGUGCUUUCAGAAUCUCGAUUUGAGCACCACAUUCUAUUCUGUUACCAUCAUGUCGUUCUUGACGGUAUAAGCUGGCUGCUGUUCCUCCGCGAUCUGAACAAUGCGUACGGCCUCAGAUCUGUGAAACGUCCACUGCAACAAGCCAUCGACUUUUCCGCAAAACAAAGAAGAGAAUAUGUGGUGCACAAGAUCCAGAACGAACUGCGAUAUUGGAGUGCGGAGCACGCCUCUCCGCCCGGAGCCAUACCCUUGUUCCCAUUCUCCAAGGUGAAAUCCCGGCAAGUCCUGAAGGCGUAUGAUACGAGGACCUUCGAAACAAAAUUAAAGCCGUCUUUGGCAAAACGUGUCAAGCAGCGAAGUUCUGAACUUCAAGUUACUUCUUUUCACUUCUAUCUCUCGGCACUGGGUGCUUUCCUGUCUCGUUGCCUUGGUACAAACGACCUCAACAUCGGAAUAUUGGACGCUAACCGGACGGAUGCUGAAGACCUUGAAACAGUAGGCUUCUUCCUGAACCUGUUGCCAAUUCGGUUCAAGCUUGAAUCGAAUAAACCAUUCUCCGAACUAGCUCGGCAAACCCGAAACAAGGUUUUCGCCGCUCUGGCCAACUCGCGUGUCCCGUUCGACACUAUCCUCGAUCAUCUCAAGAUCUCUAGGUCAGGGACCCAGAGUCCGAUGUUCCAGGUUGCAUUGAACUAUCGGAUGGGAGACUCGUAUCACAGCCCUCUUGGAAACUGCGCCAUCGAGUGGAAUACCGCGAUCCCUGCCCGUAAUCCUUACGACUUAACCGUUGACAUCACGGAGACUCCCGACGGUGUGACCCUACUGGGAUUCACGACACAAUCGUACAUGUACAGCGCCUCGGAUUCGAAGAGACUUCAAAAAUGGUACAUCCAUUAUCUGGAGGCCCUGACAGAUACACCUUCUACCCUUCUCUCAGACUGUUCUCUUGCCGACGACGAUGACGUUAAACACGCUAUAGAGAUAGGCAGUGGUGACCGGAGGCAAGUAGACUGGCCGAAUACCCUCGCACACCGUAUCGACGAAAUGGCAGCGGCCCAUCCUCGAUCCACGGCUGUCAAAGACGGCUCGGGUAUGAGCCUCAGUUACACCAGAAUGAUGGCUCGGGCCCAUCAAAUCGGAAAUCACCUUCGCCAGGCGUCCGUCAAGCCAGGCUCAUACGUUGCGACCCUAUUGGAGCCGGUAGCAGACGUAGUUUGCAGCCUCCUGGCUAUCAUGCGACUAGGCCUUAUCUACGUGCCCUUGGACCUCCGCAACCCACCUGAGCGGUUAUAUUCCAUCGUGUCGGAUAGCAAACCAAGCGCCAUCAUCUGCCACGAUGCGACGGUACAACAGGCGCAAGGGCUUGCUUCCCCCGAGACUACCGUCAUCAAUCUCUCGAGUAUAUCACAAACGAGCAGCGCUCCUGUUUAUAACCUAGCCAGAGGAGACCAACCUGGUUUUGUUCUGUACACGAGCGGGUCCACUGGGACUCCAAAGGGCGUUGUUUUGACGCACGAUGGCUUCAAAAACCAGAUAUUUGCAAUUUCCCAACUGUUCGGCGUGGGCCGCGAGGUGGUUCUCCAGCAAAGCGCAUUUGGAUUCGACAUGUCGCUCGAGCAGGUCUUCAGCGCUCUGGCGCACGGCGGAACCGUCAUCAUCGUACCGAAGGACGCCAGAGGUGAUCCGGUGCGGAUCGCGAAUAUCAUGCUCUCCGAGACCGUGACUUACACUGAGUUCGUGCCGUCUGAGUAUCUUUCGCUCCUUACCUACGGUUCGGCAACACUGCAGAAGUGUACGGCCUGGCGCCUGGCUUUCUCUGGAGGAGAGAAAAUUACGGGACAACUUCGACGGGGCUUCCGGGCAUUAGGCAUUCCGAACCUUCAGCUCAUCAAUGUCUACGGUCCCACCGAGGUGACAUUAUCGUGCACGAGAGGCAUCGUACCCUACAAUGGAAGCAAUAUUGAGGCGGACCAAAUGGAUACCUCGGUUGGACGGGUGCUGCCGAACUACACGAUUGCCAUCGUGGAUCAGGACCUAAGGCCUUUGCCAGCCGGAUGCCCUGGCGAGAUCUGCAUCGAUGGCGCAGGCACGGCGAUAGGGUACCUUAAUAGGCCCGAAGAAACAGCCAGAAAAUUUGUCACGGGAGAUUUUUCCAAGAAGACCGUUUACCGUAGUGGUGACAAAGGCCGGAUACUUGAGGACGGGACUGUGCAUUUCCUCGGUCGGCUUGACGGAGACAGCCAGGUGAAGAUCCACGGCAUUCGCAUUGAACUUGACGAAAUAGCCGCAGCCCUACUCAAUGUCGCCAAUCCUGCGCUUGUGGAUGCCGCCAUCUCAUUCCGUCCAGACUCCGACGUCCUCGUCGCCUUUGUUGUCUUUGCAGCCGAUUUCGUGGGAGAUAAAGAGACUUUCAGCGAGCAACUCAAGACGCGGUUGCCUUUCCCUCCAUACAUGUGUCCAACUUUUGUUGUUGCCCUCGAUAACCUCCCAACGAGUCCCAACGGCAAAAAAGACCGCCUCGCAAUUGAUAGGCUCCCUCUGCCUCUCGCAAAAGCAAGCACCGCCACAACGGACGACAAUCUUUCAUCUUCCGAGGUUCAGGUGAAGAGGAUCUGGGAAGAAGUACUUCCAAACACGCUGGGAUCGUUCCGGGUAGGCCCAGAUUCAGACUUUUUCCGCGUCGGCGGCAACUCUCUCCUGCUACUCAAACUGCAGGCCGCAUUGAGAGCUAGGUUCCACGCAGAUGUCCCCCUGCCAGAACUGUUCCAGUCUAGCACAAUCAGACAAAUGGCAUGGCGGAUCCAGCCGAAGCCCGCGAACAGCAUAUUGUCUGCUCCAGCAGAGCUGGACUGGAAUCAUGAGAUCAGCACGCUUUGCGAAGGGCUGCCCUCGGCGCCACAAGCACUUCCUCCCACCUCGAAGACCGGGCUUGUCAUCAUACUCACAGGGGCCACAGGCUUCCUUGGAACGCACGUCUUGCAACGGCUAAUCGCAAACCCACGCGUCAAAGAGGUACAUUGCAUCGCGAUCCGGCCCGACGGCAGCACCGGCGCACCGCGCCACGUCGCACCCGCCCUCCGCAUCAGCGGCAAGGUCUUUGAGCACAGCGGCGACUUGGCUGAACAUCGCUCAUUUGGUCUGCCGCCCUCUGAGCUGGAGUCCCUCGCCGCGCGUGCCCAUCUCAUCAUCCACAACGGCGCCGAUGUCUCCUUCUUGAAGAGUUACGCGACGCUGCGAGCGCCCAACGUGCUCUCCACGCGCACUCUCACCGCCAUUGCCAUCCGGCGCGGCCUACCCUUGCACUUCGUAUCCUCAGCAUCCGUGGCCCACUUCAUGCCAACAGAGAACGACAGCCACGGCCUGGCCGAGACAUCGAUCGCUGCUACCCACACCCCGUCGCCUGACUCCGCCACCCAGGAGGCGCAUGGCUACGCAGCGUCUAAGUGGGCGAGUGAGGCGCUGCUGGAGCGAGCGGCGACGACGCGCGACUUCCGCGCCUGCAUCCAUCGACCGACGAGCGUCGUAGGCCCCGACGCGCCUGCCACAGAUCUUAUGGCCAGUUUGCUGCGAUAUUCGGCGCUUCUGCGCACGGUGCCGCGCUUCGAGGGUAAUGUGGAUGGUGUCUUCGACUUUGUCGCAGUUGAGGACGUGGCUACGGGCAUCAUAAGCGCGGCGUUGCGCUCCCUGGGGAUGAAUGACAAGGGCGGAGACGCGGUUCGUUAUGUCCAUCAUUGUAACGAUGUGAAGGUCCUACCGGACAAAUUCCGAACUUACAUGGAGGAGAGGGAGGGGUACAUUUUUAGAGAGCUGCCAUUGCAGGCUUGGAUCAAUAUGGCUCGAGGCGCUGGUAUGAACGAGUUGGUCGCGGAGUAUCUGAGCAGUGCCACGGCUUCUGGAAAACAGAUUACACUGCCUAUGGUAAGAAGGGGCAAAGAUGAUCUAGGUGUAGCCUUUUAG